AUGAGUUCUAGUGGCGACAGGAUUCCAGACCCUGGACCUGUUUCCGUAGAGGACAACGCUACCAGUGAAGCGCAACCUUCAGGGCCCGAAAAAGUCCCCGAAGCGCCAAAGUCGGAGGUAUUGCCAUCCGAUUUGCCAGCCGAGGCUCAGAAAGAAGUGAUAACUAUCAUUAAAGCUGAGUCUUCUAGCAACCAGUUGCCUGCACAGAAUACUACGAAUGGAAAUACAAAAGACAGCGGAAAUCAGAAACCACCCGAAACUACGAAAAAGACAGUAAUGACUCUUUCUGUCGCAAAUCUCAUGUCUGACCCUACACCUCUAAAUGCACUGCAUUCUAAGGCUCCUACUGUCACGAUUAAGACAAACCAAUCUGUAAUUCGGCCUGCGUCAGUGCAAAAGUUUACGGGAAAAACAAUAGCUACAAGAUCGAUCAAGACAAUAAUAAAGCCACAGUCAGAUCUUACUUUCUUGCAGCCUGCACGCCUCCUAAUAAUUCAAGCACCAAACCGCCAAUCAAUUGAAAUCCCUCAAACAACAUUCAAUCAAAAUUUUGCGCAAUACAACUACGGAACAUAUUACGGCCAGCCAUACCAGGUAAUACAAGGCUCUUAUCCAAACAUCCCUCAGACCUACAAUUCGAGUUAUCCAAUACCUACGUAUCAAAUGCCUCAAACAUACACUCCUCCGUGGCAGAAGCUUCCUCAGCCUGCGAUAAAUAUUGCAAAGCAGCCUCCACCGCAAAAUCAGAAAAAUCAUCAGCAUGAUUUGAUGCCUCCUGAACCAACUUAUUAUACGGACGAAGAUUCUGGCCAAUACGGAGUUAGAUGUACUUGUGGUGAUAACCACAAUAGAGGAUUACUCGUACAGUGCGAAAAAUGCCAGUUUUGGCUCCAUGGCAUUUGUGUAAAUUGUCCUCGAGCUUCGUCUACAGAGCAGUUCCUCUGCCCCUUCUGCCAAGCGAAGAGACUCAGAUGCAGAUGCAAGAAAAACAAAUCGUACAAUAUUCCAAUUGUUCAAUGUUCUCAUUGCAAAUUAUACUUGCAUAAGCAAUGCGAAGGACUUGGAUUUGGAAUUAUUCCAAAGCCAUUUGUCUGCUGCCAGUGCCAUAAAACACCAUUCGAACUUCCUUACGUAAAAUUCGAUCCAAUCUUCAAAGAAAUACGCGAUUUUACAGUUUACGUCGAUCCCGCUCGCUACGAGGUUACUAUUAACAUUCCCGAUGGUAACUUCAAGACAUCUCUCGAGCAGGACCUUACAAAAUCAGAAAUUUCUUUCAUUGACACAAUGACAAAAUAUUUCAACAAGUUCUGCGUUCACCUCCUUGGAAAUUCAAACCAGGAGAUAUGGAAUGUCUUUACUUCUACGUUUUCUACUGUUUUUAACUGUUCAAAAGAAUUAAUUUGCGCAGCUAUCGACCAUCUUACUUACCAAUUACUCUACGCCCAUGAAUAUACCCCUUACAUGGACAUUGUCCCUGAUUUCGGCUACAGUGAAGCAAUUGCUGAAUAUGUCGAGACAUUUCAAGGCCAAUCAUUCGACAAAUUACCUACACAAACCCAGUAA